AUGGGUAUGUAUGGAAUGGGCGGAGUUGGGAAAACAACACUUCUCAAGCAAAUCAACAAUAAGUUCAUUGAAGAAAGGUGUGGAUCUGAUUUUGUGAUUUGGGUUGUGGUGUCUAAAGAGUUACAUGUUGAGAAGAUUCAAAAUGACAUCGCUCAGAAAAUUGGUCUUGAUGGAGAGGAUUGGAAACAAAAAGACAAGAGCCAAAAGACCGAUGUUUUAUUCAAAUUCUUAAGGAAAAAGAGAUUUGUGUUGUUUCUAGAUGACAUAUGGGAGAAGGUGGAUUUAACAGAGAUUGGAGUCCCGUUUCCAGCACCAGAAAACCGAUGCAAAGUAGUCUUCACCACUCGUCGCCAAGACGUAUGUAAGCCCAUGGGGGUUGAAGACCCGAUGGAAGUCAAAUGCUUGGCGGAAAAUGAAGCAUUUGAUUUGUUCCAAAAGAAGGUUGGGCAAGAAACAUUAGGAAGUGAUCAGGAGAUCCCUGAGCUUGCAAGAAUAGUUUCUAGAAAAUGUGGUGGCCUACCAUUGGCACUCAAUGUCAUAGGCGAGACCAUGUCAUGCAAGACAACGUAUAGCUACGAUAACCUUAAGGCUGAGGAUGUCAAAUCAUGUUUGCUGUAUUGUGCUUAUUUCCAGAAGCUAACGAGAUUUGUAAGAGAAAUUGAUAGGCUACUGAUAUGCGAAGAUAUUAUAGAUGGAAGUAAAGGUAUAGAAAGGGCUGAGAACAAGGGGUAUGAGAUAAUUGGUGAUCUUGUUCGUGCAUCAUUGUUGAUGGAAGAGGCUGAGAAGGAUGGAACAAGACGAGUGCGUAUGCAUGAUGUUGUUCGCGAAAUGGCCUUGUGGAUUGCAUCUGAAUUGGGAAGAGAAAAGGAGGCUUUCAUUGUGCAUGCAGGUGUAGGGUUAAGUGAAAUUCCAAAGGUUAGAAUUGGAGCACUGUGA